CCGGGUCCUCCGCGGCGGCGGUCAAGUCGGAGACCAUGGCGGCUUUCGCGGCGCUGCGGCGAGCGUGGAUCGCGGCGGGGGCGCUUCACCCUCAGGUUCCCAGAACAUCCACCCCUCUGAGAUGGUCCCAGGUCAAAAGCCGGUUGGCUUCCCCGCAGCAGUCUCAGAACUGCCACGUUGUGCUUUUCAGGCCCGCAAUCCGACAUCAGAGCACCGCAGCGGCUGCAGGCGCGCAGGUUGCUCAAGCUGCAGCACCUGCGCCGGUAGAGACAGUCCUACCUUUAGAGGAACUUAGCCAGGUUGCGGAAGAAUCGACUUUGGCCGAACUGGGUCUGGGAGGCUUCAGUCCCGUGGGUCUAAUCAUGAAGAUUUUGGAGUCUUUCCACCUGGACCUGGGGCUGCCUUGGUGGGGAGCCAUCGUAGGAGGCACGGUCCUGGCCCGCUGUUUGGUCUUCCCCCUGAUUGUGAAGAGCCAGCGACAGGCGGUCCUCCUCAAUAACCAUUAUCCCCAAAUGAGCGAGAUGAAUUCCAGAAUCACUGACGCCAGGAAGUCGGGGAAUCGGAAAGAAUUUAUGAAGGCUUACACGGAACUGAACCAGUAUCAGAAACAGCAUAAUCUUAAUCCUAGAGCAGGAUUCCUCGCACCCUUGAUCCAGACACCCAUUUUCAUCUCGUUCUUCUUUGCCCUGCGCAAAAUGGCGGAGUGUCCUGUGCCCAGCAUGCAGACAGGGGGGCUCUGGUGGUUCACGGACCUCACAGCCCCGGAUCCUUACUACGCUCUACCCCUGAUAACAACUGCCACCAUGUGGGCUGUUCUGGAGUUUGGGGCAGAAACUGGAGUCUCCAAUCCGAGUUACCACGUGAUGAAAACAGUUUUCCGAGUGAUGCCUCUCCUGUUGUUGCCGAUCACGAUCAACUUCCCAACGGCCAUUUUCAGCUACUGGUUGACGUCCAACCUGUACUCGCUGGGACAAGUGUUACUGUUACGUUCGCCCUCCGUCCGCACCUUCCUCCGCAUGCCUAAACCGGAAAUUCACAAGCCCGCAGCGGGACAGGCCCCGAAAGGAUUAUUUGACAGUUUCAAAACGGGAUGGGAGAGCUUCCAGGCCAAAAGACGAUUACAGGAACGAGAGGACCGCAUCAAAAAUCACCUGACUUUAGCGGCGGCGGGGCCGCUGCGUCAGACCUUUACCGAGAACCCUUUGAAGGACCUGCAGCUUGAGUCUAGCAAGACGACAACGACGACGAAAAAGAGACCCUGGGAAGACACAUUAAUCUGAAGGCAACAGGACUCUACUCCCAUUUCCUCUCGGGUUCCUUAUCCCCUCGUCUCAUAGUUCAGAGGUCCCCAACCCCGGAGCCAUAGACCAGUACCGGGCCGCGGCAUGCCGAAAACCGGACCGUGCAAAAAAGCGAAGCUCCAUCCGUGGGAGGCAGGGAGCACACAAAACCAUGCCAUGCUCCGGUCCGUGGGGGAAAAAAUCCUCUCUCCUCGGAGGAAGCGGUCCCCGGUGCUCCCAAGGUUGGGGGGCACUGUCAUUGUUCCAUUCAUCACUAAUAAAGGAUGCUCUCUU